AUGUUGACUACGCAAGCCAGCGAGUCGUGCAAUGCACAAGUACGAUGUUUCUUGAAACCGAAGCAUGAUUUGGACAUGUUUUUCAUUCAUUUUAGCAGUUUGGUUGCUGAAAAAAGACGCAAGGAGAGUGAUUCAGACUACAGUGGGAAACAAUCGGUUUCCUAUAUAAUGUUGGAGCACAGCCCUAUCCUAAAACAUGCGGCAAAGAUCUUUACUUCUAACAUCUUCAAUCGGAUACAACAGGAGUAUUUGAAAACUGAAAAAUAUAUAAUGGAGACGCUCUCGGAUACUAGGGAUGAUGGCAUGAUUGGCUACCGCACAUAUAUGAUAGAGGAUGGUGAGCGUAGUGAUGAGCGUGUCGUUCUCGUCGAUAUUUCUACGAGGACAUUGGUAUGCGAAUGCAGAAUGUUCAGAACAUUCGGAGUGUUAUGCCGCCACAUGAUUAAGGUGAUGCGGCUUCUUGGAGAUUUUGGGGAAGCCAGUAUGAGAAGUGUUCCAGAUCAUUACAUACUCAAGCGAUGGACGUUGGAGGCGAGAAAGAAAGAGGUUGUUGAUGUCGAUGGUUGUGUUGGUCCUUCAGCUUCUAGUGAGAAUGAUGCGGGAAAAGGUAUAGCAAUGCGUUACCGAGAAACCACUGCAAUGUUGAAUCAGCUAGCAACUAACAUGUCGAUGGCCGAUGAGAAGGACUACAAUAAGUGGAUGAGAGUACUCAAGAAAUUGUGCAAUGAGGCAAACAAGGCAUUGUCAAAGACUAUUACUAGCGAGGACAGACGGAAUGUACCGAUAACUGGGCUGACUUUGAAGAAGAAGAGUAAUCCAAGGAGCCAAGGUAAGGAACGUUAUCAGUCUACCAAUGAAAAGGAACGCCGUCGAAAGAAACGUGUCUAUAAGAAGAGAAUGAAAUCAGUUGAAGUGGUCACGCCGGACAACAAUACUCAACCGGAUGACCAUAUUAGUGAAUUGGAUGAUAAUAUUGAUCAAUGGUUAUGA